UGCCGUCUCCGGACAAUUCCCGAAAUCCAGACCCGCGGCAGAACCCGUCGUCUUUCUCCCACUUCCACUCCUAUCCGAAACGCUACAGGGAAGUCCGGACUGACGCUUGCAGGCGAAGGCAUAUACGGAUUCUACACGGAAUAUUCUGUAGGCAUGAAACGGAAGAAGGGAGCCAAAGGAAGUUCUAAAAAAGUAAAAAAGAAUGAUCUUCUCUUCAUUAGUGAUCCUAAUUCACCUUCAAUUUCUGUCGAAGGAGAAAAUAAUAUGGGCCAAACUGGUGAAGGCCAAGGUAAAUUUGAGCUGGAGGUGAAACAGCCCUCCUCUCUUCAAGAUAAAAUUGUUAAAAUUUCAAAUAGUGAUCCUGAUAUUGGAAGCUUUAAAUCAACAAUGAAAGUUGGGCAUAGCCGUGUCAAAGUUAAACUCAAAGCCUCUAAAUUAUUAGACGAUCAUAAACGUUCUUCAGAUGUGAUAAUGCCAAGCGUACAUACACCCAGCGAUACAGAUAAAAGCAACUCACAGUUUGUGACGGAGAUGAAUGAAAUGACUUUUGAUAAGAUGGAUGCUACUUGUUCUGAAGGUCAGACUUUAGAAAAAGGAAAUGUGGUUCCAGAAAACUUGAAUAGAAAAACAGGAAGCAUCAAAAUAAAAUCUUCGAGGGGUUCUGGGCUUUCAGAUUUUUCUCUGAAACAAAUGGAGUCAAAGGCUCCUCAUAAUGAUUCUUGUUAUAAUACAAAGGAUCUAAGUUCUGCAUUAACCGUGAUUAGGAAAGUUAUGAAAAUGGAUGCAGCUGGGCCUUUUAAUGCCCCAGUUAACCCGGUUGCACUUGGGAUUCCUGAUUAUUUUGAUAUCAUCGACACUCCUAUGGAUUUUGGAAGCAUCUGCCAUGAUCUGGAGCAUGGAGCUAAGUACAAGACUUCUUUAGAUGUUUUUAAUGACGUGCAGUUUAUAUGGGAUAACUGCUACAAGUACAACAAUAAGGGUGAUUACAUUUUGGAAUUAAUGAAACGAGUGAAGAAAAACUUCAUGAAAUACUGGACGGCUGCUAGUUUGCUUACAGAGAUGCCUAUUGGUACUGAAGCUGAAGAUGUUCGGCGUCAGCAGGACAAAUCGACAUCAAAAAUCAAAUCAAAACAUAAACGUCGACGCCAUGGGCCAGUUUUGCUGACAACCCUUGCAGUGAAGGUACUGCCUCGACCUUUGAUCACUCUCUAGAAGUUGAUGCGGAUGCUGAAAUGGGUGAAACU